AUGGAGAGAGCUGUGGUGCAAAUCACCCUUUUUGGGCUGCUGCUGGCUUUGGCCACCACACAACUAAACAAGGGCAACUGGGAUAUCUACAGCUUUCACAUCAACUCAACAGUGACCAGUCGUUAUGCAACCACUGUCAUCACAAGCCGCGUGGCCAACCGUAUGAACGAGUCAAAGGAAAUAGAAUUUCAGGUCCGGAUUCCCAAGAACGCCUUCAUCAGUAAAUUCAGAAUGUUUAUCGAUGGCCAAGUCUACGAUGGUGUUGUGAAAGGCAAAGAGAAAGCUCAGCAGCAGUACACUGAGGCUGUGUCCCGUGGCCAAAGUGCUGGGCUUGUCAGUUCUGUAGGAAGGACCCUGGAGGAAUUUAAGACCUCUGUGACCGUGGCUGCUCACAAAAAGGUCACCUUUGAACUCACAUAUGAGGAGCUGCUGAAACGCAGGCUUGGCAAGUACGUGCUGCAGAUCCACGCUCGACCCAUGCAGCCUGUCAAAGACUUCAAGGUUGAUGUGUACAUUAAUGAGAAAGCAGGCAUCAACUUCAUGAAGGUUAAGGGAGGUCUGAGCACCAACGUGCUGGCUACUGCUAUCACCAGAACACAAGUGGACAAACAGGCGUGGGUGUAUUUCUACCCGACAGAGGAACAACAGAAAACGUGUGACAGCUGUGGAGAGGAGGGUAUGAAUGGAGAUCUGGUUGUUGUUUAUGACGUCAACAGGAACCCCUCACUGGGAGACAUCAAGAAAUCUCGUGGCUACUUUGUUCAUCACUUUGCUCCAUCGAGUCUUGUCAGCAUACCAAAAAAUGUUGUCUUCGUUAUUGAUCAAAGUGGAUCAAUGCACGGCAGAAAAAUGAAACAGACCCGGAUAGCAUUAUUGCACAUCUUGAAUGACCUGGCAGAGGAAGACCACUUUGGUCUUAUCACUUUUGAUAGCAGCAUUGUUCACUGGAAACGAGAGCUUGUUCAGGCCAACGAGCAAAAUUUGGAGAGUGCCAAGAAAUUUGCAAGCAACAUUCACGAAAGAGGAUCCACUGACAUUAACAAAGCAGUAUUGGAAGGAGUGCAUAUGCUGAACGCACAUCCCAGAGAAGAUUCAGCGUCUAUCCUUAUACUUCUCACCGAUGGAGACCCUACCUCAGGGGUGACAAAUCUUGAACAAAUACAGUCAAAUGUCAGAAUGGCCAUCGCAGAGAAAUUCCCACUCUACUGCCUUGGUUUUGGUUUUGAUGUAAAUUUUGAUUUCCUUGAGAAGAUGUCCCUGCAGAACAAUGGUGUAGCUCGACGGAUUUAUGAAGACUCUGAUGCUGAUUUACAGCUGAAAGGUUUCUAUGAAGAGGUGGCCACUCCUCUGUUGACAGAUGUGACAAUGACCUAUAAUGGUGCGACCAACCUUACCCAGACUAACUUCAGCCAAUAUUAUAAUGGCUCUGAGAUUGUGGUGGCCGGACAAAUCACCGACAACAGCAUUGAAACCUUCACUCCACAAGUUAUCGCCAUUUCACGCAACAGAAGGAUGAUGUUUUCUGACACAAAUGCUAUUGUGGAGUCCAAUGGAACAGAGUCUGACAGCCACAUCCAGAGGGUUUGGGCCUACCUCACAGUCAAACAGCUUCUGGAGAAAGAGCUGGUGCUAUCUGGAUCUGAGAAAGAGAACGCCAAGAAACAGGCCUUGGAGCUGUCGCUGAAGUACAGCUUUGUAACCCCACUCACAUCAAUGGUGGUCACCAAGCCUCAGGGGGAGAACACAGAUGUGCUCCAUAAACCCAAGGAAGGUGAAACACCAGAGGAAUUUCGACCUAAUGCAGCUGGUGGCCAAGCGUUCUCUGGUCGGAGAAGUCAUGGGGGAUUUCCAGCACAAAUGCCAAAUCAUUUGGUUGUCAAUUCUGCCCCAGAAAUGCUUCCCACUAUUGUGGCAUACAGUGCAACUCAUGUUCCUCGUUCUCACAGAUUUUUGCUAAAAACUGAAAAUCUGUCUCUUCCGCUGUGCUUUGAUGUCACUGGAGAUGUUCGCCUUAAACUACUUCGUCAUCCCAACAGGGGGCUGUCUGUGAAUGGUGACCUUGAUUCAGUACAGAAUGGAGGCUUCAGAAGGAUUGUCAUCCACUUGAAGGCUGACCUGCUCGUUGAUAUUGACACCAGAGAAAUCACUGUACGAGAGGGACAGACACUGGCAAUCCACACUGGACAGGAUAUCAUCACUGCUGGAAGUUUGACAGUGAUUAGACGGGACAAGGAAAUAGACGUUGCAGCUGGAGACACACGCAUGGUCAUCUUAAUUCAUGAGAAGGAUGGCAACGAAUUCCUCUGGCCGAUUUUGAGACAGAAGCCAUUGGACAACAACGUUUCAGGAAUAUUAGCUAUGAAGCCAGCAGUGUAUGAGGAGGUGCAACAAAAUCCCUCAACAAGACUUAAGAUCAAAGAUCUGGAGAUUGACGUUGCCAGGGCCAGUGCUGUUGACUACAGUAUCGUCUCCUCCCCCACACAUGACUGCUGGCUCAUGUCUGCUGAGUCUGCCCUGCAGAGACGCCUGGAUGAUUUCAUUAUUUAACUGGGAACCAUGUUGAAUCGCUCGUAGAUAUUUCAUUUGAAAUAUAAGUGAAAAAACACAAACUAAUUCAUCAUAGAAAAAUAUGUUAACCAGUUACGAACAUGAACCAAUACAAAAUGUAUCUUUGGUUGUCUUGUAUGAACUAAACUAAUUCAUCUAAAGGGUUUGUC